UCCGAUAAGGCGGAGGAGGAAAACAACAAGGCUGCUGCCUCAGACUUUUACUAUUACACCUCCCUUUCUUCACAUAGGAGGAAUUGUUACUUGUUACUGCUUUUACUCACCAUUUUUGUCUGCGUUUGGCUUAACUGCAUUAAUGUGGUGAUAAAAUGGUUGAUUAACAGCUUCGUCACCUGUUGUGAACCUCUCUCUGACCUCAGCUGUAAAGCCGUCUCACACUCUGGAUAUUCAGCUACAGUUAAUUGUUGUUCAGUGCAAUAGGCUGCAAUGCUCUCAAAGAGGGAGAAAAAGCUAAUUGCAGAAAUAUGGGAAAGACUGACUCCUGUGGCUGAAGAUAUUGGCUCAGAUGCGCUUCUUCGGAUGUUCGCCUCUUACCCAGGAACCAAGACGUACUUCUCCCAUCUAGACAUCAGUGCCCGCUCUGCUCACCUGCUCUCUCACGGGAAGAAGAUUGUCCUGGCCAUAGCCGAGGGAGCCAAAGACAUCAGUCAGCUCACCGUCACCCUGGCCCCUCUGCAGACCCUGCACGCAUACCAACUCCGGAUAGACCCAACUAACUUCAAGCUUUUCUCACACUGUAUGCUCGUCACCCUGGCCUGUCACAUGGGCGAAGACUUCACACCAGUUGCACAUGCAGCCAUGGACAAGUACCUGUCGGCCUUCGCAGCUGUGCUCGCCGAGAAAUACAGAUGAGACUCAGCCACGUGUUUCUAGGAAGUAUACGAGACAUUUAUGAUGCUAUAUGAUAUGAAAUAUUUAUGUUUGUGUAGUUGUUGUUAUUGUUUAAGGUUUUGUAAUAAUAAAAAUGUGCAAUUAAUAUACUAGAGUUUGUUAUGCUGUAUAACAAUAUAUCUUCAAGGACUUAAUAAUGCAUAAAAAAUAAUGUGACCAUAGACUUUAUAUGGAAAGUAUCUUUACAUAUAGUUUAUAGCCAUGUCUCAGGCACUCAGGGACGUGCACAGACAUUUUGGGGAGCAGGUGCUCAAAAAAGGGCACCUCUCAUAAUGUUUAAUACUCAACAUAUUUCUACAAAAUUAUCAACUCACACAGAGACAAUGGUCUUCUUCAGUAUUCACUAUUUCUAGUUUUAUCACAAGAGCAGGCAACAACAAAGGAACCUAUGGCACAUUGUGCAUGUUUUCUAGUCUACUAGUUUCUAGUAUAUAUUUAGAAUACCUGACUGCACCAGGGAGAGGGACAUAGUGAACUAAGAAUUUUCAAGAAUAACUCGUUUAUUUUUGCACAUCACACAAAAUGACUUUGUUACACUGUGUACCUGCAAUUUCUUCCCUUCAUAUUUGAGGGAGGGCUGUCUUUACCAUGUAUCUGUUGUCAUUGAUGACGAUCUAUUAUAUAACAA